AUGCUGCACAUGCACAAGUGGCGAAGGCGCCAGGUGAACAACUACUUCCUGCCGAAGACCGCCGCCGAACGGCGGGCGGUGAAGCAGAAGACGACGGCCAUGCUAUCGGCCAAGGACGUCACCACGCGUGCGGCGAACCAGUCGUUGCGGGAGCUGCGCAGUACCAUUCUGAACACGGCCACCGCGGAUCCGCUGGAGGAUGCGCAGAUGACCCGCGACCAGAUGGAGGCGCUGCCAGGCGCGACAGAGGUGCCGGGCGCCGCAGGCUUCUCCCACACGAUGCCCAGUGGCGUGUCGCCCUACACCAGCUACGAGCAAAGCUCGCGGUUCAACGGCGCGCUCACGGACCCCAGCUUUGGGCAGCAGGCGCAGGACCUCUCCAAGAAGGACAGAGCGUUCGGGCGGUUGUGGUGGUGGGGUGUUUUUCGAGGAAGACCUGGGACGACGCUCAUAGAACCCCCAUCCAGGGUCAAAGGUGGAACAUGCGAGAGUUGCUGGUCGUUUUGA